UGUUUGCUCGAGCUAAUUGUAUACGUGUCAGUUGGUGCUUGCGUCAGACGUGAGAAGAACGUUCCAGAACCAGUCCGUUGAAGACGUUGUGUUUGUAGAACAGAAAAUGUUUUACCCUCUGCUGCUGUGUUGUCUUGCUUCACUCCUGGCUGUUUCAGACUGUUUGCAUUUCUCACAAAGAGACGUCGACUGUAGUAAAAUUAGAAGAUGUUUAGACGAACUUGAGAUCUUUGAGACGGAUGACUUUAGAAGACUGUGGAAAUUUGCUGACGGAAAAUAUUAUGAUAAAUACUGUGGAAAUAAUGAUAAAGCCCAGGCGUGCGUAAAGAAAUUUAAUCACCUUAAAAACGAUUGCAAGAAUGAUAUGGUAUUCGUGACAACUCAUUUAAAUGUGUCUAGCUUCUUGUGCUCGAAUUAUGAAGGCAAAAAUGCUGUCAAGAAGCUGCCCAAGUCUAUCUGUGCAAAUAAUGAACUUGCCAGAUGCCUAUACAACUAUGCUUCAAGUGCCUGCACUGGAAAGGAGGAUAAGGCAUUCAGCUCUUGCAUUGCCGAUCCUCUGGGCAAGGUAUGUGGAAAUGAAAUUAUUUAUAUUAUGAACCGGAUUAAUGAAAUCAAUAGGGAAAAUUGAAAACACGAGGAAUGAUAGCGAUUGAGCAGUAAGACAUGGAUUAUGUAAAUGAUCUACAAAGGCCAAAUCUGAAAUGAGACUCUAAAUUUGAAAAGAAAUUUCAUUAUGUUGCAUUAUCAUUUUACGAAAAUAGUUAUCUUUUUUUUUUCCUUAUAUCCAAAUUCCAGAUAUAUUUAGAAGGACAGAGAAUAAAGUAAAAA